UCUUCCCCCAAACCCCAGAGGCGAAGCGACUCCCCGAGACCAACCGAGACACGCGAUUCCUCCUCCCCUCUCCUCUCCCGCAGACGCGAGAACCCCCCAACUACAAGUCGAAGUCGAAGCAACAACCCUCGCGCCCGCAUCCCCACCGGCGAUGGCGUCCCCGUCCCCGGCGGCGCGGCCGCAGCGGACGCCCGACGAGGUGGAGGACAUCAUCACGCGCAAGAUCCUCCUCGUCUCCCUCACCCCGCCCUCCACGCCCAACCCGGCCGUCGCCUACCUCGAGCUCACCGCCGCCGAGCUCCUCUCCGAGUCGCGCCCGCUCCUCGCCCUCCGCGACGCCUCCGAGCGCCUCCUCAUCGACCGCCUCUCCCUCCCGGACCAGCCCGCCGGGUCCCCCUCCCCCUUCGCCUACCUCGUCUCCUCCUUCCGCCGCGCCGCCGACGAGGCCCGCAAGAUCUCCACCAUCCGCGACGCCGCCCUCCGCGCGCGCCUCGCCGCCUCCAUCGCGCACCUCCGCGGCCUCAUCCUCUCCUACGCCCGCAUCGUCGCCGGGAACCCCGACACCUUCCCUUCGCCGCACAACGCGCCCCACCCCGCCGCCGAGCUGCUCGUCUUCCACCUGGCCGAGGCCGCCGACCCGCUCGACCCUACCCCGGCCCCUGGUGCCCCGCCGCCGCCGGGGUUCCUCGACGAAUUCUUCGCCAACGCCGAUUACGAGACCGUCGAGCCGGCCAUGGGCGAGCUCUACGGCCGCCUCAGGCAAAGCGUCGAGAAGGUGUCGGCGCUUGGCGACUUCCAGAAGCCGCUGCGGGUGCUCAGGCGGCUGGUGGGAAUCCCUAACUGCGCAAAGGCUCUGGUGAAUCACCCCAGGUGGAUACCGAAGAAUCAAAUUAUGCUCAUUGGGGAAGGGAGAAUCAUGGAGAUCUCCAGUGUGCUCGGGGCGUUCUUCCAUGUCAGUGCGAUCCCUGACCGCGAGUUUGCAAGCAAGCCUGAUAUUGGGCAACAUUGCUUCUCAGAGGCAUCUUCACGCAGACCAGCUGAUUUGAUGUCAUCUUUUACAACAAUCAAAAGCGUUAUGAAUAACUUGUAUGAUGGCCUUAAGGAUGUUCUUCUUGCGCUGCUAAAAAAUAUGGAUACUCGAGAAAAGGUUCUCGAGUUUAUUGCUGAAGUGAUAAAUAAAAAUGCAGGCAGAUCUCGUAUGCAGGUAGACCCUUUAAAGAGUGCCAGCUCAGGUAUGUUUGUGAAUCUCAGUGCCGUGAUGCUACGUCUAUGUGAGCCUUUUCUGGAUAGGAUGGAGUCUAAGAAGGACAAGAUUGAUGUCAAUUACCUCUUCUGCAACGAUAGAAUUGAUUUCAAGAAUUUGACUGCAAUAAAUGCUUCUUCCGAGGAAGUAUCAUCUUGGAUAGAGAACAGGGGCUAUGAGCAUGCUGAAGAUAGUGCCAGUGGAGAGGCUCGCUUUGUUGAAUCACAAGAAGCGACAAGCUCUGGCAACAAUAGCACAGUUUCUCUUUCUUCUAAAGGCGGGUCACUUGUGAAUUGCUCAAAGAAAGAGAAUUUCUCAUUUAUUUGUGAAUGCUUCUUCAUGACUGCAAGGGUGCUCAAUCUGGGGCUGAUGAAAGCUCUAUCGGAUUUCAAACAUAUUGCUCAGGAUCUCGCAAGGUGCCAAGAUGACUUGGAUUCAAACAGAGCAAUGAGAGAUCAAGGAGGUGGUUCAGCACAGCUUGAUCAAGAUAUAAAACGCUUAGAGAAGAUAGUUGAGAUUUUAUCACAGGACAAACUCUGUUAUGAAGCUCAGAUAAUUAGGGAUGGUGCAUUUCUUCAACGUGCACUAUCUUUCUACAGAUUAAUGAUACUAUGGUCAGUAGACCUUGUUGGCGGAUUUAAGAUGCCUUUGCCAUCACAAUGUCCAAAGGAAUUUGCUUGCAUUCCAGAGCAUUUCCUCGAUGAUGCAAUGGAUUUACUAGUUCUAACCUCUAGAAUUCCAAAAGCUUUGGAAAGCUUUGCGUUGGAUGACUUUCUCAACUUCAUCAUUAUGUUCAUGGCGGGCACUUCAUACAUUAAAAAUCCUUACCUUAGAGCAAAGAUGGUUGAAGUUUUGAAUUGCUGGAUGCCACAAAGAAGUGGGUUGAGUUCUACAGCCUCAUUAUUUGAGGGGCACCAACUAUGUCUCGAUUACCUGGUCAAAAAUCUUCUAAAGCUUUAUGUGGAUAUUGAAUUCACUGGUUCCCAUACACAAUUCUUUGACAAGUUUAACAUUCGACAUAAUAUUGCUGAGCUUCUAGAGUAUCUAUGGGAUGUCCCCAGUCAUCGGAAUGCAUGGAGACGAAUAGCUAAAGAGGAGGAGAAGGGCGUAUAUUUAAAUUUUUUGAACUUCCUUAUCAAUGAUAGCAUCUAUCUUCUUGAUGAGAGUUUGAACAAAAUCCUCGAACUGAAAGAAAUAGAGGCUGAAAUGGCUAAUGUUGUAGAGUGGGAAAGCAGGCCACCUCAAGAAAGAGAGGAGAGAUUGCGUGUAUUUCAUCAGUGGGAGAAUGUUGUUCGAUUUGACAUGAAGCUAGCAAAUGAGGAUGUUGGGAUGCUUGCUUUCACGUCAGAGCAGAUUCCAGCACCUUUCCUCCUUCCUGAAAUGGUGGAAAGGGUGGCAAGCAUGCUAAAUUACUUCCUCUUGCAACUUGCUGGUCCUCAGAGGAAAUCAUUGACUGUAAAAGAUCCUGAAAAGUAUGAGUUCAAGCCGAAGCAGCUCUUGAAACAGAUUGCCACCAUCUAUGUCCAUAUCACAAGGGGUGAUAAAGAAGGUAUAUUCCCAGCAGCCAUCUCAAAAGAUGGAAGAUCAUACAAUGAGCAGUUGUUUGCAAGUGCAGCAAAUAUUUUGUGGAAGAUUGGGGGAGACCCCCAAAUCAUACAGGAGUUUAUGCAACUUGCCAGUAAGUCAAAAACUGCUGCUUCUGAGGCAAUGGAUGCUGAGGCUAUGCUUGGUGACAUACCAGAUGAAUUUCUUGAUCCAAUUCAGUAUACUCUGAUGAAGGAUCCUGUAAUACUACCAUCAUCACGGGUGACAAUAGAUCGUCCCGUUAUUGUUAGGCACUUGCUAAGUGACAGUACUGAUCCGUUCAACCGUUCUCACCUUACGCAAGACAUGUUGAUACCGGAUACAGAGCUCAAGUCGCGCAUCGAAGAGUUUAUCAGGUCUCAACGGUCCAAAAAACGAACUGCUGCCGAUUCAGAAAUGGGAGAACCUGAUGGGGCUGCUGAUAUGGCUGAUUGAAUAGAUGGUGCCAGGGAAGGGAAGGAUGAACAUUUUUUUUGUGGGACAGAUGAUCUUUAUGAUAUUUAUCGUUCUGAUGCUGGCUCCCCUGCAUUUGCAUAUUCAAAUUCUUUGUAAAUGGUGUUACUGCCUGUUGAGAAUUUAAUUAUAUCGGCAUCGGAUGUUCACUUGGUAAGCAACUCCUUCGUUCUCGUGUAAAAAUUUGAUCGUUUAACGACUCGUGAGGCUCAUCCUUGAUUAAGUACUAAUCGACCAAAGCUACAGUGAGAUGACAAAAGUUGGAUGAA